AUGCCACCAUCAAUCAUCGACUUGCCCACGGAGUUGCUUCUCAUGAUUGGAGACUUGAUUGUCGAUCGCAGAACGCUUCGAGCGCUGGUUCGUCAGUGUCACCUCUUUGCGCAGCUUUUCAGCGCACUUGCGUAUGAGCGCCUCGUCAUAGGACUAUUUAACCAUCCACCGGAGUUCUAUCGCGACGCGCACGACGAGGACCCUCCGUCGACCAUCAAACAUACGAAAUACCUCGAGGUUUUAGUAUGGGAUUUCGAAGAUGAUGAUCACCUGGGCAUUGACCUCGACGAGGAGGAUCUAUUCGAUUAUAAGCUGAACGUGAUCUCGGACUUUGGUAUAUGCAUCAGCAAAUGGAUCACAUCGAUGCCAAACCUCGAAUCGUUUCGAUUUGACUGCCGAGCCUACGAAGAUACAGAUUUCAUGGGCAUGAUGGGCCCAUACGAGGAUAAAAUACCUGAGCUCUGCAAUGCUCUCUGGCAGUGCAAGACACUUCGCCAUUUGUCAGUCUUGUACUAUGGCACUAGCGUUAAGGAGCCGGACUGGGAAUGCCUCCAUAACAUCGAUUUUCUAACUGGAUUCAAAAAUCUGACCUCACUCGAACUUUAUGGAUUCUACGAACUUGAACUAUCCGCUGAAGUCAAGGUAUCCUUGCUAAAUAGAGUAGCACAUAUCAUUUCCAAGUCUCCUCGGUUGAAGAAACUUGGUCUGAGCCUUACCCUACCUUCCCACCAUUUUGAAAACGAAAAUCCAGACAUUCUCAUUGUGAGACCGGAUGACGACUAUCUGGAGAUGCUGUGUCUGCAGUGUUCUUCGUGUAUUGAUUUUAAGCCUUUAAAACUGGAGACAUUGAGGUUGGGUCACGGAACCUACCUCCUACCGUCCAUGUCUAAGUGUGAGAACUACUUGGCGAAACUUGUGGAUCUUGAAUCCCUUCGAAACCUACACGUUUGGAACGGUGGCGUGAGAUCUAGUGUUGGCCAGCGUCCAACCUCUCUGAAUGUUCAAUGGGACAUGUUAAAGCACUGUUCUGCACUGCGACAGCUAGAGAUUACGAUUCUCGACGCAUCUGUAACAGAUUGGCUCAACAGAAGUGGCAAUUCGAUACAGGAACUUAUCAUCACGCAACCUUUACCCUCGAUGGAUCCCAAGAAGUGCCAUUUUGAUGACUUGAAACAGAAACUUCCCACCUUGAAGAUGGUCUACUUGACAGAUAAACCCGUGUACGACGCAUUCGAAACCGAGGAGACGUCUAGCUCAGAUUCGAGCAGCUCAGACUCGGGCAAUGAGACACUUGGCAAUGAUUCCUCCAUUACCCGAGUGCUGAAGAAGACAGUUCUGGAUCUCAUAUGCGAUCACGGUUUAUUUCUUGAACGGCUUGCUAUAGAUAUUGACCUGAAUACGGAAUGGUUCGUCAAAGUAGGAAACUGUGGAUCGGUUUGGCAAGUUACUGCUCCCAAGAUUAUCGUCGGAACGUCAGAGAAUCAACGUAUUCGGAGUAUUGGUCUUCGCAAGCUACGCCCCGACGAAGUUGUUUCAAUGUACAUGUUCGCUAUCGACACACUGAACAACAAAAGACCGCUAGGACUGUCUUGUCCACAUUUCGCGUUCAACCCUGAGACUGAACGUGUCGAGCCAACCGUGGGCGAGCAAGAAGCUGAGAUUGAUGAGACUGAUAAUAGCCUUAUUGAGAUGGAGACAGCCAAUGAUCGACAUGAAAGUUAUGGAUGGUUGGAUACAGUAUUAAACUGA